AUGGAGGACGGCCGAGGUCAGUACGGAAAGGAGUGCGAUUGGUGGAGUCUCGGGAUUUGCAUGUACGAGAUGCUGUACGGGAACACUCCCUUUUACUCGGAGCGCCUCAUCGACACUUAUGGGAAAAUCAUGAGUCAUCAGGAGAUGCUCGAUUUCAACGACGAUGACAUUGAUUGGAACGUUUCCGAAGAGGCCAAAGAUUUGGUUCGAAAAUUGAUUUGCCCAAGAGAGGUUCGUCUCGGAAGAAGUGGUUUUGCCGAUUUCAAAGAUCAUCCAUUUUUCUCGGGAAUCAACUGGGAGACGAUUCGUAACUCAAAUCCUCCUUAUCGUCCCGAAGUCUCCAGUCCGACCGAUACGUCGAAUUUCGAUGUUGAGGACGAUUUGACGCCAAGUGAAGUACGUGCUCCAAAUGUGACAGCCGCUUUCACGGGACAUCAUCUACCAUUCAUCGGCUUCACAUAUACACAUGGAAGUCUCUUAUCCGAUGCGGCAAACCUAUCAAAUGUGAUUAAUGGAAGAAAAGCUCCAACGCAAGGAGAUGAUGUUCGACCGGCAGCCAUUGAGGCUUAUGAAAGACGCUUAGAACAAUUGGAAGUCGAUCGGAGUGAACUCACGAGGAAAUUACAUGAAGCAAAUCAAAUUGUUAUCUCGAAGCUGACCGUCGAUCAAAAUGGAGAUCACGCGGAACGGGAGAAACAACAUGAGCAAACAAUUGCACAGCUUCGAGAUGAGAUUCAGAUCCUCAAGAAAAGACUCGCGGAAGAAGCGGCUGCCUCACAACGCCCACAAAAGGACACUACACAAGAGGAGAUGGAGCGAAAGAUGAAAGAGUUGAAAGAGAAAAAUCGGCAACUCAUUCUCGAGAAGUCUGAAUUACAACGAGAACGCGAGGAAUUCCAAGAGAAACUUAGCUCACAAACGGCUGAAUGGAAAGAAGCGGUGAAACAUCGAGAAUUGGCAAAACAGGAUUUUGAAGAGUUGAGCAAUGAGCUCACGAAUGAGAAGAAUCGAAUCCGGAAACUCGAAAAAGAAUUGCACGAAAAGGAGACGAGAACCGAUCAGUUACAGAAAAAGGUUGAUGAUCUUAAAUCUGACAUGCGAAAGCUUGACCAAACAAAGCAGGACUCUGACAUGAGUCUUUCGGGUUUACAGAGAGAACUCGAAAAUGAGAAAUUGGAACGAGAAAGCUUACAGAAUCAAAUCGCUUCCCUUGGCAGCAAUUCAAGUGAAGAAGCGAGAAGACAUGCUGAAGAAAGAGAACGUUUGAAUGAAAGACAUAAUGAAAUCAUUGCACAAGAAGAGAUCAAAAGAAAACAAUUACAAGAACAUUAUCAGACGCAACUCUCCGAUUUACAAACACAACUGGACGAGCGUGAUGCUGAGCUGCGAACAGGAAAGGAAAAACUCGAUGAAGAUCGUCGAGGACUUGAGGAACAAACGAAAAAUGCCGAGAAGCUUUUACGUGAGAACAACAAUCAGUUAUUGGUGGAGAAUGAGACAUUGAGAGAAAGAUUGUCACAACUCGAAGAUGAGCUAAAAUCGCACUCUGGAUUGAACACCGAGCAAAUGCACGAAAUGAUUCAGUGGAUCAAUCAGGAGAAGAUCACGCGAGAGCAUAUGGAGAUUCUUGCGACAAAGAUCUCUGGGGGAGUGGAGACAUUAAAGACUCAAUCACUAAACGGUACGCCUGUCUCCACAUCGAGAUUGCCAUUCUCAGAGCAUGGCCACAUCUACGCUAAUCAAACCCCCGCAUCCGCCUGGGGCUCGAAGCGGCAAAAGCGAUUGGCAGCGAUGAACGAUCAAGAUGUGCAGAAAUCUCUUCAAGCUGAACUUCGUGCCAAAGAAAGUCUACAGGAAGAGAUCAAGAAGCAACGAGCGCGCAACUAUCAACUCAACUCCCGUCUUCAACAAGCUGAUGAAACGAUUGCGAUUCAACGCCGCGAAAUCGACGAAAUCACCAUUCAAAGAGAACAACUACGAUCUGCUCUUUCAUCGAUUAACAAUGGUGAUAUGCAGGCCAGCUUUUUCAAUAUGGUGAACACGGAUAGCCCUGUUGGAACUGAAGCUCGUUCGGCUUUAUCCGGGUCGAUCCGUGAUUCGAUCAGCCUCUCGCAGAGCACCGACUAUGAGCCGCCGAAUUCGAGUCUACGAAAACGCGAAGAGGAGCUUCGACGACAGAAUUUGCAUUCACCAGUCUGCUACGAGAAUACGAGACCGGGACAGACGUCGGCGUCGAGCUCGAGCACGGUUGCUGUUGGACGAAUGCACAGUCCACAGAUCCUAAACUCUCAAAUCAACGCGGCGCUCUCGGGCCGAGGCCAUAUGUUCACCCAUGUUCAUCUCUCAUCACCAACGAAAUGUGGUCAUUGUACGAGUAUUCUUGUGGGAUUGGAUCGACAAGGUCUUUUCUGUCAGAAUUGUCAAUACCCAUGUCAUGUUCAUUGCAUGAGUCGAGCUCCGGCCACUUGCCCCGUUCCACCAGAAUCUCGUCGGCCAAUGGGUAUUGAUCCAUUGCGUGGCGUUAGGACAGCUUAUGAAGGACAGGGUUGGCAAACGACAUUUGUCGUCGUUUGUGACUUCAAAUUGUUGCUUUUCGACUGCACACCGAACAAGGAGAAAGGCAGCCCUAUGCCCCCGAUAUUCAGCCAAAUGUUCGACAGGUGUUGGACAUGCGAGACUCGAACUUUCCAAGUGCAAUCGGUCACCGAGCACGAUGUGAUUCACGCGACUAAAAACGAUAUCCCAAAAAUCUUCAGGAUUACAACUUCACAAAUCCAAGGAACUUUCGGCUCCGAGGACGCCAAACAGUACACAUUGUUGAUGGCUGAAACAAAAGAUGAAUGCAAGAAAUGGGUGGUGGCGUUAACCGAGCUGAAGAGUUUACUGAAAAAGUCUCGACUUCCUGAUAAAACGGCAUUUGUGUACAAGGAGCUCUUUGAUGUGAAUUCUCUUCCGAUGAUUAAAUUCGCUCAAUGUGCUGUCAUUGUUGAUCCAAAGAAAAUCGUUACUUUGGUCGCUGUCGGUGGUGAAAAGAGGAGAACAAGGGGCGGUGUGUGGGAAAAGUCGAAUAUGUUGCGUCGGAGCAAUUAUUUGUGGCAAUGGUUGGGGAAAGGAAAUGAGAGACAUUUGCGUCUGAUUCCAACAGCGGCACUUGAUGGUCGAGAUUUGAAAUGGAUUAAGCUAAAUGAUACAAAGGGAUGUCAUUUGAUGGCUGUUGGGGGAAUUGAUGGAAGACAAACCUAUAUUGCCGCUGCAAUGAAACGAGCCGUCAUUCUCUUCCAAAUUGAUCGCAGCGAGAAACGACACAAACGAAUGAGCUUUGAUCUCGCAAUGCCGGGUCAACCCCAAUGUAUGGCCAUCAUCGGUUCUCGUCUCGUUAUUUCUUCAUUGGUGAAUCACGAGGAUCAAUCGUUGUCUUUCCUUUCUCAACCCGGCUACGAGGCUCAAAUGCUCAUCCCAACCCCAUCAACCAUUGGUGCUGGAGAGAUCGCUGAAUAUCUUCUCGUUUUCAAUAAACUCGGUGUUUACGUCGAUCAAUAUGGACGAAGAUCUCGUUCUCAAGAGUUGAUGUUCCCAUCAUUACCUCGUGCAAAUGUCGAAGACGCUAUUUUAUUGCCGGAUAAUGUUUCUAAAUAUGGCGGAAAGCUGAAAAGGCCUGGGAAGAGAAAAUUCACCGUUCGAACUCCGGGAAAAGAUGAGCAAAAAGCCGUUGAUCGCCGCAGUGCUUUGCCGAUCUCUGGUCCAUCUGACUUCAAACAUCUCUCGCAUAUGGGACCCGAUUCAGCGCAAAAUUUCAUCGAUCUCGCGAAAGAGCAAGACAAAAAACAAGCGGAUAAGAGUCGUAGUCUUCUACCUCCAAUCAUGCGCUCAACGUCGAGCACUUCGUCGAAUGUGAAUUCAGUUCUGGGUGGUAGUAAAAAGGAACUAGAACAAAUGGUUCGGAAUCGACCGGUCUCUUCACAUAGCCGAAGCUCUGAUGGUUCUAGUCUGGGAAGGGAUGGGAAACAAGAAAAUGCGUAUAUGGAACCGAUCUCUCGCCAACGCCAAUCCAUCCCGGCCAUCUCUCCACCAACUCUUCCCAAUUCUCCCAUUCACACAAACACUAUCAACUACGGGGAAAGACCAAAAUGGUGGGACAUAUCGACGUUUUCGAAAGAUGAUAACAAACACGGAAUGUUAGAAGAAUCGUCGUUUUCUUGCGUCUUCCCGAAGUAUCGAGAGAAAUAUAUUAAGGAAUGCUGGCCCAUCUUUGAAAAGACGGUGAAAGAGCACGAGUUGAGAGCUGAUUUUGAUUUAAUUGAAGGCACAAUGACUGUUCGCACUACAAGAAAAACCUGGGAUCCGUAUGUAAUCAUCAAGGCAAGGGACUUAAUUCGUCUACUAUCACGAAGUGUCCCAAUUGAUAAAGCUAGCAAGGUUCUUGAAGAUGAUAUUACAUGUGAGAUUUUGAAGAUAUCCGGAAUGUGUCACAACAAAGAGCGAUUCGUUAAGAGGCGCGCUCGAUUGGCUAUUGAAUUGUUAACCGAAUGCCAUUUGACUGUACAAGGAAGCACUGUUGCUGCUGUUGGACCAUUUCACGGGUUAAAGCAAGUCACCAAUAUUGUCACUGAUUGUAUGGCCAAAAACAUUCAUCCGAUUUUCAACAUCAAAACACUGAUGAUCAAACGAGAAUUGGCCAAAAAACGAAAAGCUAAAGGACGAGAAUUGGGAGAGAUUUUUAACCAAGUUCAGAAAAAGGUUCAAUCAGCGGCCACUACAGCGGAAGCGAAAAAGAAGAAGGCCAAGCAAUGGAAACAGAAAGGAGAAUAUACGCCAUUCCCGCCUACACACAGCUUAGCAAGUGUUGAUAAGCUUCUGGAAACUGGUGAAUAUUUUGCUACCGAAGAGGAAACGAUUGAAGGACAAACGGAAAGAAAAAGCCGAAAAGAUGGAGCAACGAACAAAGGAAAGAGUAAAGGAACGAAACGAAACACUUGUUCCGAAAGAAGAGAAACCCAU